CGAAUGGGGUUUGGGGGACGUCCCAGGUUCGCGGCCAAGGAGGCAGCUUUCAAGGCGCAUCCGCAUCUCAGGCUAGGAUUCCACGACAUACUCAUCCUCUCGUCUUCCGACGCCGAGGAGCUGACGGGGGAGAGGGCUUUGGCCGGCCCCGGUGCGUCCGCGCCGGUCGCCCUGAUACGGGCCGGAGAGGGGGCGGGAGCGGGCGCGAGGGACCAGAUGGCUAGGGUGAGCAUCAGCCACGACGGCGAGUAUGCGACUGCAACGUGCAUCGGUUUCGAAGCGGGCUCGGCGGGGUCAGGGCAGUGUACUAGCGAGCCGCCGAGGAAGGGCUGGGCUGCUUGGUUUUCGAGGAUAUGGUCAUGACAUGGGGAGGGCUGGUGGGAGCGACGGCGAAGGUCCAUAUGAACAGAAAAGACCGCUCAGGCCCACUGCCUUUGCGCGGUCGGGCAUUUCCACAAACCGCCCAAUUCCUACUGGCCCUAGUAGGCCGCAGCUUGG